GUCUAAAAACCUUUCUUUUUCAUAUUUUCGUUCCUCUUUUUUUUAAAUUAAUUUUUCUCGGCGAAGGCUUUACAUUACUGUGUUACUUUUUAGCGACUGUUUCUUUUUUGUCGUGUCCUUGUGUGUUGGUUUCUGGCAACUUUGUUUGUUGUUUGUUCUUUACCUUAAAAUGAAACUGGUAUUUUCUUUUCUUUAACACCCUCUGAUGUAUGUUGUAAAACUUUUGAAACAGUGCCAGUUCCAGUUACAGUCCAAGGUUCUGUUUGCUUAGGGGCGUCAUCUACCAACAAACUUAGAGUUAGCGAUAUGAACUGUGGGAGAAGUGUGUCGAGGAUGGUCUUUUGGUGUUGUCUGAAGAAUUGUGCGUGUUCAGCUGCUGAACAUGCACUGGUCAUAAUCUGUGUCAGCAUAAACACGUGAAGGGGAUCACAUGAUUCGCACCUUAAUAAGUGUACAUACUUGUAAAGCACUCUACCUGCACAGCUUUGAGAAGAGAGCAGAUAGGUAUGAGACGUCAUGCUGCACGUUAGGAGAUAGCUGCAUGGUGUACACAGUUAUUGCUGUGGGAAUACGCUAGAGAAGGGUUCAGCCAGACCUGGGACAUCUCACCACCACGACAUCCUCCAGACGCACCUGCACCGCUCGCCCGCUGUCCAGCAAGUCCUACAAGAGUAUUUUACACCUACAUAGGCCAAUGACUAAACUUUGCCUGUCCUCCAUUUUCUUGAUUUACUCGGCCGAGUUUUAUAGUUCCAACUCCUUAAAAUGUCGGACUCUCCGGGAACAGACGUUAAAGACUCGCCACCCAGCGGGCCUUGCGACAAGAAGACCUUGUCGAAAGGCGCCCGCUCGCGGGCUGUGAAGUUGUCCGAGUCUGUGUCCUCCUCGUCGUCGUCGUCCGAUGCUGAUUCUGUCACGUCUGAUGUGUGGCUGAGUGACGCCAACGCCCUUCCGCCGGCUCCUGACGGAGGAUGGGGAUGGUUUGUGGUGCUGGGGGCCUUCCUGAUCAGCCUCAUCUGCGACGGCUGCGCUUUCUCCUUCGGCGUCAUGUACGUAUACUUGCUGGAAGAGUUCCAGCAGAGCAAGAGCGAGACGGCUUGGGUGGCCUCCAUCUUCUACUGCUUGUCCUUGCUGCUGGGGCCCCUGGCCAGCGCCCUGACCACACGCUUCGGCUGCCGCACCGUCACCUGCGUAGCGGGACUGGUAUCGUGUUUAGGCUUCGUCACCAGCUCCUUCGCCACGUCCGUCUCUACUUUGUAUUUCACCUUCGGUGUCAUCGUCGGCGCCGGCUUCUCCGUGUGCUAUGUCACUUCCGUCAUCACAGUGGCUUACUACUUCGAGAAGAGGCGCGCACUAGCCACAGGCUUGUCGGUAUGCGGCACGGGUAUCGGCACCUUCACCUUUGCGCCGCUGUGCGAGAUCCUGGUGGAGGCUUACGGCUGGCGCGGUACCUUCCUCAUCAUGGGCGGCAUCGCUCUGAACAUCACCGUCUGUGGGGCGCUCUUCCGGCCGCUAAAGUUCACGCCGGAGCAGCGGCGCCAACGGGCUCUGCACGCCUUCAACCGCCUGUCGCGUACCGUCUCCCGCCUCAGCAUCCCUUCCCGCCGCAGCCGUUUGCAGAGCACCAACUCGGAGAGCAGCAGCUGCUCCACGUCCGACAGCGAAGACGAGAUUCCCGAGGCUUUCUCAGAGAUCACGCUUCCGACGUACGUGCAAAUGGACGAGGAGAAGAUCCGAAUGUAUCUGGAGAAGUUGCCAGAGCUGCGCAAGUCUACUGCUGACCCCCAGGUCGUGCUGCAGCGCUUCUUCAAGAGCAAGAACUGCAAGGAGAAGUGUUCACCCAGCCAGACCACAUCCCCAAAAACCGACUCCGCCACCGUCACUGCCGCGGCGGCAGCCCGCAGGAGUCAGGGCGAUGUGUUUGUGGACGAGGACUCGACGGCCGACGGCGGUGCCAAGAGGAAGAAGAAGCGGAAGAACACCAAGUCCGACACGGAAAGCGUGCAGGAGGUCAGCCGAGUGCUGUCGGAGAAGUCCAUGCAGCUCUUGACGGACAAGCUGAUCGAGCAGUCCAACCAGGAGGCCAGAAAUCGUCACGGCCGAAAUCAUAAGCUCAAGUCCAGCACCAAGUCGGACAGCAAGCUGCUGUGCAAGAGUUCGUUGGUGAAUUCCGGCCCCGUGUUAGAGCGCUCCGUCUCACAGCGCAUGCCCAACGAAGUGCGGCGCAAACCUUUCCCCUCCAGCCGCUCCUCCGGCGCGCCACCAAUCGCCGCCACUUCCCAGAACGGCUCCACACCCGCCGCCGACAUCAACGUGCUGCCCCUCAACAAGCAUUCCACCUACCUGUUGCUGCACCGCAACGAUAUCUUCUUCCGCGGAUCGCGCUCCAACGCUCUUGGGUAUUGGGCCACCAGCUGUCCGGAAUUGUCGCGCCUGCCGCUGGAAUCGGAGUCAGAGUCAGAGGAGGAGAGCUGCUGUGAGGUUUGCUGCCCGAGUUGCUGCUCGUGUCCGUGCCCGGCGGGGGUGCGGCAAGCCUGCAAGACGACCUUUGACCGACGGAUCUGGUGCCACCCGCUUUUCGCCCUCUUCGGUCUCUCCAACUUCUUGCAGUACUUCUGGGGCGACGUGCCCUACCUGUUUGCGGCGGACUUUGCCAUUUCCAGGGGUGUGCCGACUCAGCAGGCUACCUUCCUUAUUUCCGUGAUUGGAAUCGUCAACACUGUCGGGCAAGUCUUCUAUGGAUUCCUUGGCGACCACGACUGGAACCUGACUGUGAUAUACGGGGUGUCGUGCGUGGGGUCCGGGAUCGCCGUGUUACUACUGCCCACUACCAGCAGUUACUGGCUGAUGGCCGUGCUGUGCGGCCUGUACGGCUUCUUCGUGUCGGCUAACUACUCCCUCAUCACUGUCAUGCUGGUGGAGUACCUGGGGCUGGACAAGCUGGCCCACUCCUACGGACUCAUCAUGAUGAUCCAAGGCAUGGCAAACCUCGGGGGCCCACCUCUUGCAGGAUGGAUGGUGGAUGAAACCGGUGGCUAUAAUGUGGCGUUUCCGGUGGCCGGAGGGUUCAUCAUUUUAUCUGGCUUCAUCGUGUUUCUCCUUUUCGCCGUCCGCCUUUGUGGCCGCCUUUGUCGCUGUUGCAGACUUCGCCGAAUUCGUCGCCCAGCGCCGUCAAGAGAGAAGAAAGAAAACACUACCAACGCCAACAACAACAACGCCUGGAUAGGGGGGACGCCGAGGAAGGAACAGGCGAUGGUUUGAUCGCGCUGCUGACGUAACAGUGCACGCACUCUUACACUGACACACACACGAGAACACCCACACAGCUCAACCCCUUCUCCACUUCUUGGGUCGUGCGAACCAGGACGCUUUCAACGGAUGCUAGUUUAGAUCUUGGUAAUAAUGCAUUCCAUGUUUUUGUUUUUCAAUUAUUGUAACAAGUGUGUAAAUUCCUAUGGUUAUUUUACUCAUAUUUAAAAAUAUUAUCUGUCUACUGUUGUUGUUUAAAGCAUUAGCAGAAUAAGUUCUGCGCUUGUCGCUUCUAUAGACUUUUUUUUAAUUACUGAGACAAGUGAUGUUGACUAAGACCUAAACUGGGGAAAAUUUAUGCAGAACGCUGAUGUUCUUUGUCGUGAACGGUCUCUGCACUCUCAGACGCUUCGGUAGUCUGAAUCGAAUAUGAGUAUGCCAGUAUGGUUUUAUGCACUUAUGCUUCCUCCUAUGUGUACCUGUGUGCAAAUUUUUCAGCAGCGUAAUCUGUGUGUGUGUGUGUCGUGGGCAAAGUGACUUAGAUAAAAUUUCUAUGUGCAGACGAGAAGCUAGUCACCUCGCCUGUCUUGGCAAAGCAGAUUCCAGAAAGAUUUGAGGUCGGUACCUGUACAUAUCAGAGGGCUAGCGGGCAGUUGGGACCUCACCUUAUCUGAAGAGGUGACACGGACGCUCAUUUGUUUAGCCUUUUCUCGAGCCACGAUGUCGCUUCCGCAUGGAUGCUAGGGUGGUCCGGAGGCGCAACGAUUAGCGCCUGUCGCCAAUACAGUGAAGGCUGGGUGUCCCGGGUACACUGUUUCUCUGCAUGUGACAUCUGUUUACAGGGCUGGCUACUUUGCCGUGAUAUAGCAUUAGUUGCUGGCUCGGCGUAAAAUACCAAUCUCCCCCUUGCCCGCAUGGAUGCCAGAACCUUAUAUCACAUUCCAUUCAGGCGGGUGUUUAGUGAUGUCGCUGCGACAGGCAGAGGUUUCUAGACCGCCAUGCACCUCUCUGUACAUCCGGCACUCACCUGGGCGUAUUUGCAGGAAAGACCCUCUUCGUCGAGUCGCUGCUAGAGUAACUGAGAAAAGUUUGUGAUAUGUCUUUGUAGAUGAUCUCUCUCCCUUCUCCAUUCCAUCUUUUUUCCUGAGUGAACAAAAUAGAACAAAACUAAACAUGGCCAAUACGCCUGCAGGUUUCGAUGUUGUGAUCGAAUUGUAAAGUUCACUGUAUAUAGCUUGAUGUUUGUUUCGAGGGCUGUGCAGUUCAGGUGGAGGAGCGUGAAAAUACGUGUGAUAUUUUUGUUUGUUUUGGUUGAAAUUACGCGCACAUUCUGUCAAGACCUGUCUCCGCCCAUUGUGCACUCGAACUAGGCAAGUGUUAAUUGCCUCUGUGUACUUAUCUCUUCUACACAAGAUUUCCGUGAUAGCAAUCGUUACGAACGCUGUUUCUGUAUAGCUCAGAGCAGAAGUUCGUUGCGGUUUUGCAACAGGGGAACUUAGUGUAUAGCAAAGGUAGAAAAGCGGAAGAGAAACGCGUUGAUAUCGAACAUUAAAGCUGUCUCCUACCCCGUCCGUCUUGGGCCAGAUUAACUUGGACAAGAUCGAAAAUAAAAAUGUAAAUUUCAAAUGUCUUCGUCUUAUCAACAUUCUUCCUCACACACCCCUCCCGAAAUCCCAGAAAUCCCGGGAAAAUAGUACAAAGGACGAAACUAUGAAGUUUUAUCCAACUCGAGGACAGGUGAAUCCACAGUCUCGACUGUGGCAUGAAUGGUGACGUCGCAUAGAUGGGUGAAGAAAUGACUGGGUCUGAAAUGAAGUUAGCAUUUGUGCUAUUAUAGCUUCACAGAACGGGCAGCGAAAGUGUCGGGAACUGUUUUUCUCCGCCCCCCCCUCACCUCCGAAAAAAAGCUUCUCUAAGUAUGGCAGACCUUUCAUAAAUUCUCCUAAAUGCAGCAGUUUUGUUCGUCCUCACCAGCACAUUAGGUAAGUCGCCGCAAGAGACGCACAUUUUGAUCAGUGAAAACUGAUUUCAGAUAUUUUCGUUGUUCGUUGGUCUGUUCAGUAAAUACUCAAGUGUAAGCUAACCGUUGCAACGCUGGGCUUUGAGGAUCCAUCCACACUUCUGUACACGUACAUUUAAGCAAUACAAACGAGUGGCGUAACAUAACGCGGCUGUAGAGCAUUCAGACCGCAGAAAAGGCUGGGACCAGGUGGUGGAAUCAUGUCUUGCGCAGCUAUGGUUGCUCCCAGAACCCAAACAUGGUCCUAAGAACUGGAGUGACUGAGAUGAUAGAGGAGUGACAGAAAACAAACACUUUCAACGCGGUGUGGGAGAUUUUGACGCCCAGUGGCGAUUGUGUGUAUGCGUGCGCGUACAUGUAACUUCUUGGCUGUCCGUGUUUUAGAAAGACAGGCAAUCACGCAGUACUGACUUUGCUUAUCCACUCAGUUUUCAAUUUUUCAAUGCAACAUCUCGGACUACCUCUGCUGAGUUAUCUAGUUCCUUAUCCAGCACAAGGCGUGUGUCCAAUUUGCGACCGUGCCUGGCAUCGGCAGGGAACUGAUGUUCCGCGUCUACUCGAUGUGGCACUGACGACGGCAGCGGUAUGAUUUUAAACGAUGGGAGCAGAGUGCGUGCGUAUCGCAGGGGCAAGGCGAAGAGGUCUACAGUGCUCAAGAAAUUAAAUAUUCCUACUGGCGAUGCUGCUCGUUAGCCAUUCAACUCCUUACUACGUGACUACACCGGGUGCCGUGCACCUCGCCACAGGACACUUCGCCAUGUUCUUUUGAAUACGCGCACACUUUCUCUUGUUUUCAUUUAGACCGCGCUCACUCCCCUGCUCCCCCGCCCCGACCCUUAACUUGCCAGCUGUGUCGCUAAACGACUUUGAAGCCUAGCCUGGCUAAGGGUGGAGCAACUUGCAUCAGUCCAAAAGGGCGGACGCGCAGACAGACGAAAGUGGUGUGAAACUGCACAUUGACUUUCUUUAAAGCCCUGGCAUAGUCGUUCUGUCUCUUGAUGUAAAAGUUAGGACAUUGUACAUUGUGCAUUGUGUAGUGUCUUCCCUUCACUCUCUGUGUGUGGGAGGAGGGAUUGGGGUGGGGGUGGACAUACUUUAGACCGUUUUGCCUAAACUGCAAUAGUUCUAUGAAGCUGUAUAUUGUAUAAUUGUAUUUGGAACAAUGGACGUGAUCAUAACGGAAUUCGAAAAUGUUAUCCGUUUGCAUAAAAAAAAGGAGACAAAUUUUGUCUCUGCCUGAUUUUUCUCCUAUUGAACUUCAAAAAGAUAGCAACGUUUUAAGUUCGCAGUACCAAUACAAAGGACGCAAGACUUCUAAUGUCGACACUCCCUGCUUUACUGUAGUUAACCCCCUUACACUAGCUUUCUUCGCUUGAAACCAGAACUCAAAUACCUAAAUAUUGCGUUUCUGGAUGUCAAGGAACCAGGGAAACUUUUCGUAGUUGUUGCAUCUGCACUGUAGACGCGACCUUGGUCGUUUACACCUGAGACGUGCCCUAGAAUCUCAAGAACAAUGGCCGAGCGAAAAGCUUUUAGCUGCCCAAGCAUAUGAUCAUCCAGGAGAUAAAGAGUCAUGUAAACAGAGCUGAUAUUUUUUGGGGGAAAAGAAGAGCUGCUAGUGAUAGAUAUAUUUUAACAUGUAGAUUAAAAAAAAUUAUUGUUGUUGGUUGUCAGACAAAGCGUGUAGUUUGAGUGUCCUGAUAUAUUGCGUGUGAAACUCCAGUAUGUCUAGAUCGAGAUGAUUAUGGUUGGUUCAUUCUACACGCCUCGACAAAGAUGCCGAAGGAUCUUUUAGAGUGUAUGUAGAAUAUGCGACUAGGACGUCUCGUACCAUUUGGAAAUCAUUGUCACAUAUUCGACAAUAUGCAUCCUGUUUAGAAGACUCAUCAGCCUCUUUCUCUAGGCUCUUAUAUAAAAAAAAAUCUGAUACAUUUUAUGAUGCAUAGUUAUUGGAUGAUCUCAUUUGGUUCAUAGAUUAUGCAUUUCAUACCAAAAUUAUGUGCUUAUUUGAAAAGAAAAAUCACUUCGUCAGACCAGCUCGUGUGGUACCAAAUUUUAGUCAUGGGACAUUUUAUAUGCCUGUGUAAUUUUCGCAAUAAGCGAGGGUUACCAAGGCUUUCAUUUUUCUUUGAAAUAAUGUGUCUUUAUGCAAAGUUAAGCUUUUUUUUUUUUUAGGUCAGCACAACAACGAAUAAUGCCAUCAUCUAUCAUGUAUUUGUAUUUUCACCCUGCUACCGUGCUGUCAUGCCGCUUGACGUUCGGUCGCUCCGUGGCUAAACACUCCUUUUUUUCAGACAGGGUUAUUUACGGAGCAAAGGUCAAGAACUCAGCGAAAGCAAACAAAGGGAGGCUUAGUUACCGCACCAGUCAGACGAGUCUAAGUGUUUUAACUCAGUUUGGUCAGUAUUCCUGAUCUUCUUUCCAAGAGGAACUUAUACCAUUUGCGUCCAGCAAUAAAACCACUCAUUUACCCCUCCGGUAUCCAUCCACACCCCGAGAAGUAGACAUACUGACUGCUCCGCCUGUCAUGACGCUUUAGCCAUCAGCGAAUGGUUUGUAUCUUUUAAGUCAGAUUGGCGGACAGUACUGGAAGUCGAAAUUACAAUAUAUGUUCCACCGCUCUUUUCAACAACAGUUACUUUUUUUUUUAUGGAAACACUUUUAACAUUUACAGCACAAUAUUGCUUGAAAUCUCAUUGCCGAAAGUAUAUUCCUCUUUGAUGCCCCGUGUACUGCAACUCUUUUUUUUUUAUUAAUGUCUGCUUCAUAUUAUCAUAUAUUCCGGGGCUUGCUGGCGAACUCGCAGAAUGUCCUGUUCAUUUUGAAAUAUGUCAUGAAGACUUUUUUUAAAAAAAGCAAGCAUCAUAGUCUUUAAUUGGCAUUUGUGACUGUUGUGUCCAGUUCACACGAAAAAUAUUUAUUAUACAACCCUCUCUAGUCAGAAUUUUAAAGUUUCCUUUUGCAAUAAAAUAAAUUUCAGCCAGAAUUUUUUUUAAGCGAAGGACAGUCUUCGAGAAUUGUUCCGCUUUCGAUCUUGGGGGAAAAUCAACCUUCUGGCUUGUCUGAUAAUUAUUUGUUUGCUUUUUAAAGCUACUUUUAUGCUUUCGUGCCUUGUAUUUUUCUCGACUUUUAUUUAUAAUUAUUUGUAAACUACUUGACUUUUUUUUUGGUCUGGUUUGGUCAUGUAAGGAGUGUUGACGCUUAAAAAAAAAACUUUCCUACUUUUCAGACGCGCCCAGUCAGUGGUUUCUCUCCUUUUAUUAUCACCCUUUAUUAUCCGUAAAUGCACAGUGGGCCACUGCCUUUGAGAUUGAUUUCUUUAGGCCUAAUAAUUUUUAAAACUCAAGACAUCUUUGUGUUAAACAAAAUUUAAGUGUCUCUUGCCAGAAUAACAGUUUCAAAUCCUGAACUAAUAAUCAAGGUCAUGCGUGUUUGUGAAAGAGAACAAUGUGAAAUGCUGUUGAUGCACUAACAGUAAUUGAUAGUAAUUGUUAUGUGUCUCUGUAAUCUUGUUGAGCAAGUGUGUAGAAAUAUGGUUUGAACCCUAUAAUACUUAACUAUGUAGCAUUUUAUAAAAAAAAGUACUAUGGUUGUUAUCGUUGUAUUAAACUAUAGUCAUGUAUGAAUUUCAUAAUCAUAGUAAACUUAUUGAGUCUCGCUUUUUUGAUAACAGAUUGAUUAACUAAUUUUCACUUGUUUAAGUCCAGCUGAAAUGCCAGUAAUUCACGUGUUACAAUUUGUUGAGAUUGCACGAUGAGAGCUGACGUCAGCGUAAGUCUGUCGGUUUUUCUUGCUAAAACUGUGAAUGCCAGGGAGCGAGUACCGUGCUGUCUUUGUGACUUCAGAGCGAAUUUAGCAUGACAAGAUUUCCCGUUAUAAGGGAGCGAGGUCCGUGCCGUCUGAAGUGAUGUUAGUGUGGUGAGAUGUCCCGUUAUAAGGGAGCUCUCUCCGUGCAGUCUUUUGUGAGGUCAGAGCGAGUUUAAUGUGGUGAGAUGUCCUGUUAUAAUGAAGCUCUUUUGUGCCGUCUUUUGUAAACGCGACAUUAGCGUGACGAGAUUUCCCGUUGUAAGGGAGCGAGUUCCGUGCCGUCUUCUUAUGAGGUCAGAACGAGGUUAUUGUGAUGAGAUUUCCCGUCAUAAGGGUAUUGUGAGGUCAGAACGAUGUUAGUGUGAUGACAGUCCCCGUUAUAAGGAUAUUGUGUUUGUGAGGUCGGAGCGAGGCUAGCUUGGCGUGAUUUCCCUUUAUAAGGUCAUUGUUUUCAUUUCCGUUCUCGUGAUGCAGCUCCUCCACCUUCUCCUCCAAAGUAUUGAUGGUUAGCAAGUAAGGAAUCCAAAAAGCGAAGCAAAGCAUUUGAUUUUCUUGAUGGUGAGUUGUGUUUAAAUAUUGUGGAGGAAGAGUUGUCGCAGUAUAUUUUAAGUCCAUUUUCACCUAAUCUACCGAGGAAAACGUGGAAAUCUCCUGACGGGGUGGUCUUUGAGACACACAUGCGUGCCAUAUAACGGAGCAGGCUCACUGUGGAUGUGAUGAGAAUGUCUCCACUGCUGAAUGGCAAGGCUGGCUGCAUGAAACAGGUGGCUCUGGGCCCCCUUCCCAUUAUCCCUAUAGAUGCCACAAUUUUUAAGCAGCUAAACUCUCGUUCUAGACAAAAAAACAAAAAAAAAAAAAUGGCAUAUGGAGAUGAAACGGCAGAUCUGUGAAGGUGAACUUGGGGAUAGGGAAAGAAGUGGGGAAUUGGGGUGGGAUGUAUUCGUGCAGCCUGUGAUGCUGGCACCCGAUGUAGCGAGAGGAGGUAUGAAGGGUCGAGCACCAUAAGGGAUCGUCUCUCUGGGAAAAGGAAGAUUUUGUUUCAGCAUAUUCGUACAUGGGAACAGUCGGUAUUUUUUUCUCUUUGUUUUCCUUAUUGCGCUCUGUAGCAGCUUUGUGAAUCUGACUGAUUUGCCUACAGUGGCCAAUUUAGUUUCGGUUCAUUGACCUAUUUUGUAUUGGCACAUGCAGCUUUGGAAGCAGUCUUACAGCAAUUGUGGAUUUUUGUUCAUUCGAAUUUUUUUCUAAACUUUGUUUUGAGAAUUUAAUUGAAUGCUUUUAUGCAAAGUUAUAUGGAUGAAUUUGAACUGGUUGUUAAUACUUGCCGUAGGAAAGCAAACUCAAAAUGUUUUGAUUGUAGAAAUCUCGUCGUCCGGAUCUUUAUGGGCUGAAAUUCAAGUCGAGUCUGUAAUCUGCUUACAGGCUGGUCAAGAUCGAUAACCUUUGUCCUGCAUGCCAAAGCGUGUGUACCUGUUAUGGGCGGGAAGGGUGGGAGGAGUUGAGAAGGACACCCUAUGGCAAUAACGAUGGGCGCAGGCAGGGUAAAGAUUAUCGGCUUCACCGGCCUGUAUUGGGGGCACAAGCUCGGCAAGAAUUCCAGCCCUGUUCUUUUCCUUAUGCAGCAAUAUGUUUUAGUGACAUUUACGUUGAAGGGCAUUUUUGUGAUGCCAGUUAAUGCUGUGUGGGUGACAUGAAUACCCAAAUAUCAUGUUUGUUUUAUAUUUCAGUAUUCCAUGUAACAAAAAACAGGUAACUUGAAAAUAAACCGUUUUUCAGUG